AUUCAAUUGAGCUACCUCGUACCUAUUACUUCAUUACGUUUAUGUCUCUGUUCUUGCGAAAUAGCUUUUUGAAAUAUACGAGAUAUACAUUCCCGAAGUGUUCAUACCGAGGCUCCGUUCCGUAACGCUACCAAAUCGCAACUCGUCAACGGAAACAGACGCAGCGCAUCAAUUCAGCAACCAAUCCGCAGCGCAUCAACUCACCAACCUAUCCAAAUGGCCCAAGGCGACAUGACCCAGAAGCGGGCCGAGGCGAUCGAGUGCACGCACCACUGGGAGAACAUGCUCGAAGACGGAUCGCGGAGGUACCAGGAGUUCAAGAAGGGGAAGCGGGACGGAGGGAGGGUGACGGAGCAGCACCGGAGCGAGGAAUCUGAGGAAAUGGAGGGGUAUUCGAGCGAGGGGGAGGACGGGGUGGAUCAGGGGGAGCAGCCGAUGAAGGAGGUGUAUAUGAAAGCGAGGAGGGGGCAGAAACGGGGGAGUGAGGGGGUAGAGAGUGGGGCGGGUAAGAGGCAGAAGGAGGAUGGGGGGAAGAAGAGGAUGGUGAGGGAGCUGUAUUGAUGAGGGUUCUUUGGGGAUGUUGCGGGGCAGAGGGUUCGAGAGUUGUAUUAUUGGGGAGUUUUGCGGAGAUAUUGCGGCGUUCAAGGUUCGAUGUAUAAAUCUGUGCAUUUGAUAUGGUUUGGUUUGUCGCUCGUGGUAUCUGGUGAUAAAAGCCAGUAGUGGCCUACCUCGAUACGGACUCGAAGCGUGAGUUCAGACCGCUAGAGGCACGCGAUGUUUCCGAACAUGGCGUGUCGGGAGUUUCGUACCGUCGUCAUCCAAUCUAUAUCCUUGCUGUGUCUUCCCACAACACCACUAUUUCACCCACGGGGUUAGAACA